GUCAGUCAUGGACUGAAGAUCCAACAGUGCGCGUGGAACGGGGUGGUGGCCGGGAGGUUGCGGUCCAAUCAAAACUCGGGGCUUACAGCUCGGGAUCCUAUUGGCUGAAGAGACACUUGGCCAGCUCAGAAGGAUAAACAGAUCAUCGGACACAGAAGGCGGAGCUCGUGGGACCGUUCAGCCAAUAGAAGCCAAACCGGAACCAUUUAAAUCCAAUUAAAACCUAGAAAGGUUUGAGUGACAGGAGGAAUAUCCAAUCAGAGAGUGAAUAGCCUUCACCCAACCACUCCACGCGACAGAAUCCCGGAGAAGACGCAGAGAGUGCGGCUCCUCUGAUUGGUUGGGGAUGGAGGUUUCUGCAGGACGAGGGACGAUUGGUGAUCUCUUCCAUGCGUUGUAUGAGAUGGGCUUCAAUGAGUCGCAGGUUCAGGCCGCGGUCAGAGCCGGAUGUCUCGGGGUGCAGGACGCGGCGGAGUGGAUCCUGCAGGGAGGUCACCACCGGGGAACGCUCCGCACCCAACCAGGAGAAGACUUUGCAUCGGCUGCCGUGUCCGCCUUCAACCCCCCACAAGAUGGAGGAGGUGCCGCCACGUCUCAUCCGCUGUCCCCAGCCUCCCCACCCUCUCCAGAGCACCACCCCCUGACCAGCUCCCGCCGCCUGCAGCAGAAGGAGUAUGAGGAGCGGCAAAGCGCCAGUCUGGCUCAUGAGGUCCAAGAGGAGCGAAGGACAAAGAAAAAGGAGCGGGAUGAGGUCCUGCGACGUAUUGCCGAGGAUCGUCAGAGGCGGCACAACAAGGACCUGAAUGUCUCCACUCCAGCAGCCAAUGAGGGGCAGAGCAGCCCCAGUCAUGGGACCUCCCACAACCACUGCGCCCUGAUGGUCCGGCUCCCCUCGGGUCAGUCGCUGCGGUUGGGGUUCCCCGCCGAAUCCUCUCUGCGCUGCGUCUGCGAUCACCUCAACGCUCUGCAGCCGUCUCUCUCUCCCUGCAGCUUGUUACAGACCUUCCCCACCCGGCACUUCACCCAAGAGGACCUGCCGCGCAGCCUGCAGGAACUGGACUGACGCCCAACGCCACCUGUGUGUCCGCCCCAGGGAGGAGCCAGGACGC